AUGACGGACCCGGCAGAAUGCGGCGUCAAAGUGCUGUGCAGGUUCAGGCCCCUGAACGAGGCGGAGAUCACACGAGGGGACAAAUACAUCCCCAAAUUCAAAGACGACGACACCGUGGUGAUAACGGGAAAGCCGUACGUCUUCGACCGUGUUCUCCCCCCGAACUCCCAGCAGGAGCAGGUCUAUGAUGCGUGCGCCAAGCAGAUCGUCAAAGACGUGUUGGAAGGCUACAAUGGGACCAUCUUUGCCUAUGGGCAGACCUCCUCAGGGAAGACCCACACAAUGGAGGGAAAGCUCCACAACCCCCAGCUGAUGGGUAUCAUCCCACGCAUCUCCAACGACAUCUUCGACCACAUCUACUCCAUGGACGAGAACCUGGAGUUCCAUAUCAAGGUGUCCUAUUUUGAGAUCUACAUGGACAAGAUCAGGGACCUGCUGGAUGUGUCCAAGACCAACCUUGCUGUGCAUGAGGACAAAAACAGAGUUCCCUAUGUCAAGGGUUGCACGGAGCGCUUUGUUUCCAGUCCUGAGGAGGUGAUGGACGUCAUCGAUGAGGGAAAGGCCAAUCGGCACGUCGCAGUGACCAACAUGAACGAGCACAGCUCCAGAAGUCACAGUAUCUUCCUGAUCAACAUCAAGCAGGAGAACGUGGAGACGGAGAAGAAGCUGAGUGGGAAGCUGUACCUGGUUGACUUGGCCGGCAGCGAGAAGGUCAGUAAGACGGGUGCAGAAGGGGCGGUGCUGGACGAGGCUAAGAACAUCAAUAAGUCUCUGUCGGCGCUGGGCAACGUCAUCUCUGCACUGGCCGAGGGAACCAAAAGCCACGUCCCAUACCGGGACAGCAAGAUGACUCGCAUCCUGCAGGACUCCCUGGGGGGCAACUGCCGGACCACCAUCAUCAUCUGCUGCUCGCCCUCCGUGUACAACGAGGCCGAGACCAAGUCCACCCUCAUGUUUGGACAGAGGGCCAAGACCAUCAAGAACACGGUGUGUUUGAACCUGGAGCUCACGGCGGAGGAGUGGAAGAAGAAAUACGAGAAGGAGAAGGAGAAGAGCAAGGGCCGCAAGAAGAUCAUCCAGAGGCUAGAGGCCGAGCUCAACCGCUGGAGGAACGGUGAGGCCGUGCCGGAGGCGGAACAGCAGCCCGCCCGCAGCGUUGAGCAAUGCGACAACACCCCUGUCAUCGACAACCUCCCCGAGUCCACCGAGGGAGGGGGGGAGAAGACGGACGUCUCCUGCCAGGAGAGGAGCAAGUACGAGGAGGAGAUCGUCUCCCUGUACAAGCAGCUGGACGACAAGGACGACGAGAUCAACCAGAGCAGCCAACUGGCGGAGAAGCUGAAGGAGCAGAUGUUGGACCACGAGGAGCUGUUGGCGUCGACGCGCCGCGACUAUGACAAAAUCCAGGAGGAGCUUGACCGCCUGCAGACGGAGAACCAGCUGGCCAAGGAGGAGGUGAAGGAGGUGCUGCAGGCGCUGGAGGAGCUGGCCGUCAACUACGACCAGAAGGGCCAGCUGGUGGAGGAGCGGCAGGAGGCCAACACCCACCUGGCCCGCGAGCUGCAGGAGAAGACGGACAUGGCGUGCGUGCUGCAGAGGGAGCUGUGUGAGGUGCAGGAGCAGGGCGCCCUGCAGAGGAGGAGAGCCGCCGAGCUGCUCUGCCUGCUGCUCCGGGAGCUGGGGGACCUGGGGAGCCUCAUGGGGACCAGCGAGCUCAAGACCCCCGCCCCCGCCUGGGAGGUCAAAGGUCAGGGCAGUGCAGCGGCGGAGGAGGAGUUCACCCUGGCUCGUCUCUACCUGAGCAAGGUGAGGUCAGAGGUCAAGUCACUGGUCAACCGCAGCAAGCAGCUGGAGAGCGGCCAGGCUGACGCCCAACUCAAGAUCCAGGCCAAUGAGAAGGAGCUGGCCUCCUGUCAGCUGCUAAUCACCCAGCACCAGGCCAAGAUGAAGUCCCUCACAGACUACAUGCAGGACAUGGAGCAGAAGAAGAGGCAGUUGGAGGAGAAGCAGGACUCCCUCACCGAGGAGCUCGCUAGACUGCAGACCCACGAGACCCCCAAGCAGGACUCUGAGGAAGAGGAGGAGGAGAUCCUCCAUGGACAGAAGGAGUUGAAGGAGCACCAGGAGCUGAAGGAGGCCCACCAGAAGCAGUUGGGUCGUCUCAGAGAAGACAUCCAGGACAAGCAGAGCAUGUUGGACCAGCUGACUGAUCUGAACCAGGGUCUGCUGGUGGAACAGAAGCGCAUGCUGUCAGACUUUGACAAGCUGAAGGCCGAGAUGCAGGAGAAGGACUCCAAGCUCCACAAACUCAUGCAGCUGAACGACGAGAGGGACCAGGCCAGGGAUGAGUUGAGGGGUCUUGAGGAGACUGCGGCCAAAGAGCUGCAGACUCUGCAUAACCUGCGCCGGCUGUUUGUGAAGGACCUGACGGCACGCGUGAAGAAGAGUGCAGAGCUGGAGUGCGAGGAGGGGCUUGGGAGUGUGGCCCAGAAGCAGCGCAUCUGCUUCCUGGAGAAGAACCUGGAGCACCUCACCAAAGUCCACAAGCAGCUGGUGAGUGAUAAUGGGGACCUGCGCUGCGAGCUGCCCAAGCUGGAGAUGCGUCUGCGGGCCACGGCGGAACGUGUCAAGGCCCUGGAGGGGGCGCUGAAGGAGGCUAAGGGAAGCGCGUCAAGAGACCGCCGCCACUACCAGCUGGAGGUUGGCCGCAUCAAGGAGGCCGUCCGGGCCAAGAGGAUGGUCCGCCGGGGGCCCUCAGCUCAGAUCGCCAAGCCAAUCCGUCCAGGCCAGCACCCUCUGUCCUCUCCCACCUUCCACGCGUUGAGGGACGGUCUCUACAACAACAACCACUACCAGACCAGCAUCUAG